AUGGGUAAAUUCAGAUGGAAAAUCUGUUUAAGAGGCCUCAAGCGGCCUAUCAGUCCUACAAAGCAUGCCGCAGUUGCUGACCCGUCUCCCAGUCGUCAAGGUUUCACUCGAGGCAACACCAAAUCCAACCAAAAUCUAAAGGCGCAGUACAACAAUGGCCAAUCCCAAUCUCCGAUCGCACAGCAAGCACCUCCCCUUCCUGCUCUGACCAAUUCGCCAUCUAUCUCCUCCACCUUUAGUGAACAGAGUGGUUAUAUCGAGCAAGAGCCCAAGAAAUUCCUGAAUGAGAAAUAUGCCAAGUGCUCUGUCAAGGGGAACUUCCUCACGCUCGCUGCACAGCCGAAGAAUGUCGAACUUGGAGAAUGGCUGGCCCAUCAAUUGGUCGAGAUGAACCGACUCCUCACUGGGAUGAUCCAGGUCAUUCAGGAGGUUGACACGAACACGGGAGUCCCACUUUGCAAUGAACAACAAUGUCCUACAAUGUCUGCUGGGCGUCUCACUUACACCUGGCUCGAAAAUGGUCGGCCAGCCAAGAUCCCUGCGCCCCAGUACAUUGUCCGAGUUCAGCGCUGGAUUGUUGGAAAAAUCCAUGACGAGAAAACCUUCCCUACCGCGCCUCCACCGACCGUGGACCAGACCUCGUACAUGUCCGGUGACACUGGGACGAUUACACCCUCGGGCACGACGCCAAUUGCUGCGCCGCCUACCAAUCUCAACCAAUCCUUGACCUCUCUUCCUGGCAACCAAGACGAAUGGAUUGGCAAGUCAUCAGGCUUCCCUCCACACUUCCACUCCGACGUCAAGGCUAUCAUCAAACAAAUGUUCCGCUGCUAUGCGCACCUCUAUCACUGUCACUUCACCGAUCCCUUCUGGCACAUUGGGCGUCAUGCGGAAUUGAACAGCUGCUUCGUCCACUUCUGCACGGUCGCAAUGUACUACGACCUGAUCAGCAAGAAAGACAUGGAGCCAUUGCAGGGACUUAUUGAUAUCUUUGUGGCGCAGGGCGUCAUUCCCAAGGAAGCCGUGCAGCAGCAUGUUUCCUGA